UGGAGAUGCGCAUGGCGUACACAAAUUACGUUCUUGUCAUUUAUUUUGAACGCAUAUUUGUUUAACAUUGUCCGCUUGUUCAUACAGCAUAACUCUACUUUUACAUGUUUCAGGGUGUGAGGACUAUUACAGCUUAUGCACUUGCUCUUUUACUUCUGGCAACGCUCGUCUCCCAUUCGUGGAGUGCACCGAAGGGCAGUUUCCAGAGGAGAAAUUGGUCGCCUCAGGCAAUGCUGUACCUCAAGGGCACCCAGGGACGGCGGUUUAUCAGCGAGGACCGAAAAGAAGGAGACGUAUAUGACACAUUACAUUUAGAGACUCGCAGUCAAAACACAGAGAAACUCCGUGUGAACCAGGCAGCCACAGUCCUGCUCAACUUCCUGCAGCAAGCCAAGGAGGACAGAGAAGAAAAUCUUGAACAACUGUACUUUCAAGACUUGCCGGCAUGGAAAAGAGAGUACUUCUGA